UGCCUACGGCACAGCGGGUCCUCCUCUGCCCGGUCACUAUGGAGCUGCUCCUGCAGAGCCCCCUCCUCCUCCUCCUCCUCCUCCUGGGCUGCUUCCUCCACCCUGCCACCGCCUUCCCCAAGGGCUGCUACCCCUCGGAGGAGGAGGGGCUGAAGACCUUCCGCUGCAGCAACGCUCGGCUGACCGAGGUCCCCAGAGACAUCCCCAACGACACCAACAAGCUCUACCUGGACUCCAACCGCAUCCCCUUCCUGCCCCGCGAUGCCUUCCGGGACCUGCCCCUGCUGCUGGAGCUGGAUCUGUCCCACAACGCCAUCGCCAGCGUGGAGAGCGGGGCUUUCCGGGGCCUGGCAGAGCACCUGCGCUCCCUGGACUUGUCUUCCAACAGGCUGGUGUCGGUCAGCAAAGACGCCUUCAGCAACCUGAAGGCCAAGGUGAACCUGUCCAACAACCCGUGGCUGUGCGACUGCCGGCUGCAGGAGCUGGUCCGCACCGUGGAGCUGGUGGCCGGCUCCUCGGGCGGCAUCGUCUGCGACUCCUCGGCGCAGGAGGAGCACGUGGGCAAAGCCUUCCUGCAGGUCAUCGCUGACACGGACCUGUGCAACGUGUACAAGAAGACCACGGACAUCGCCAUGCUGGUCACCAUGUUCGGCUGGUUCGCCAUGGUGAUCUCCUACCUGGUGUACUACGUGCGGCAGAACCAGGAGGACGCCCGGAGGCACCUGGAGUAUCUCAAGUCGCUGCCCAGCAAGCAGCGGCGCUCGGAGGAGUCGUCCACCAUCAGCACUGUGGUGUGAGCACCGGCACCCUGCGGGACAUGGGGACGCACAGGGAUGGGAACAGCCACUCCGGGGGCUCCUCAUGCUGCAGGAGGUGUCACAGCCACC